ACCAUCUGUUGGGUUUUCAUCAGGAUAAUCAGCUGUCUGGAUUCCUCUCCGUAGACCACAUCUGGCACAGUACUAAAGUCGACCUCAACCUACAGGGAGCAAUAAUUAAAGACUGCAGCUGCCAGACCUGUUUGUGGAUCAUGCAUACCAAAGGAAGUACAGAAUGCUGUUGCUCUUUUGAAGACUACAAUCAGACGACAGAAUGGCUUCUGAGCCGGACGAGACACAGGCCUAAGAUCGCAGUGGUGUGUGGCUCCGGCCUGGGCCUGCUCGCCGAUGGUGUUACCAACAAAGAGAUCUUCCCUUACGCAGAUAUCCCCAACUUCCCCGUCAGCACAGUCCCGGGUCAUGAAGGGUGUCUGGUGUUUGGUAUUCUAAAAGGCAAAUCCUGCGUCUUCAUGCAAGGCAGAUUCCAUCUCUACGAGGGCUAUUCACUCUGUAAGGUCACAUUCCCGGUGCGGAUCUUCAAGCUGUUGGGUGUGGAGACCCUCAUUGUGACUAACGCCUCAGGGGGCCUGUGUCCGGACUUCAAAGUGGGCGACAUCAUGCUCAUUAAGGACCACAUUAACCUGCCAGGCUUCGCCGGCCAGCACCCUCUGUGCGGCCCCAAUGACGAACGGUUUGGGAUCCGGUUCCCCUGCAUGUCAGAUGCCUACAGUAAGGACCUGAGGAAGCUAGCUCUGGAUAUCAGUCAUGAGCUGGACUAUACCAACUUUGUGCGGGAAGGGGUGUACUGCAUGGUGAGCGGUCCCAACUUCGAGACCAUCGCCGAGGCACGCAUGUUGCAGGUCUUGGGGUGCGACUCUGUGGGCAUGAGUACGGUCCCAGAGGUAACAGUGGCCAAGCACUGUGGCCUGAGGGUCUUUGGUCUCUCACUCAUCACCAACAAGGUCUCCCUGGACUACAGCCGUGAGGAGAAGGUGAACCAUGAGGAGGUCCUGGAGAUCAGCAAGAUGAGGGCGGAGCAUCUGCAGAUGAUGCUCAACACACUUAUCGCCCGCUCCCACCAGCUGGACGAGGGCAUCAAUGUCAACUGAAGGAGGAAAGGGGAUGGAGAAAGAGACAGAGAGACAUACUUUAAUGUUGAAGCACACUCUCUAUCACACACACAGACAAGUGCACACAUGUACAUAUCAUUCACUGUGAAUCUUUACAAUAAACAACCACCCAUGAUGAAAGAAUUUAGUCAAUUUUCUAGUUUAAUAAAAUGUUCUAAAGUUGUUUGUUUUUUUACACAAGAACCAGUCUGUUAAAAAAUUUAAAUGCUUAUUUGAUGAUAGGGCACUGACAUGAGAAUAUGUAACGCUCCUAUUUAACAUCAGCUGAAGGGGUGCCACUACCAGUUGUACAACUGAACACCUUCAACUGAAAUGUGUCUUCUGCGUUUAACCCAACCUAGGUAUCCCCCUUUCCCUUUCCUUACCUGAGGAAAUUCAGAGAGAGAGAGAGACGAGAGAGGAGAGAGGAGAGAGAGAGAGAUUAUACAUUAAUUCCACAAAAUGUUUUUCUCCCAAAAAUAAAUGUGAAAAGCCUCCAACCAGAAAAUAGCAUUUAAUGACAAAUAGUGGGGGGAAAAAAUAUGCAACUGAACUAAUGUACAGAUGAUGGUGCUUUUCUCUUCAAAUUCCUCCUGCUAUUCAGAGCUAGGGACAGAAAAAACAUGUAUUAAUAUAAUUAUACAGUGCUUUCUUUGUUGUUAUCCCCUCACUGUUUAGAACGAGAAUCAAACUAUUAAUUCGGUGCUUCAUUGUGUUUACCAUAUAACACGAGUCUAUUUCAUAGAGUUGAUGGGAAAACUAUUUUCAUGCUAAACAAUUACAGUGUUAUGAGUUAGUUUGACUGCAAUAACAGUGAGAGCUCAUGUAGAAAUAAUGUUUCUUGUAAGAAUUUACACAGCAACAGAAAAAAUGUACAGAAAAACUUGGUAUCUUGCCAAAGAAAAUACUCUGUUCACUGCCUUGCCUUAAAGUAAAUCGAAGUGGAUUCAUCUAUAAAGAAAACACUGCCAUCUUUCACAGGGCUCCUAGGCCAAUACGGCGCAGUGGUACCUUCUGCACUGUAGCGAUAAGCUUGGAGAACACUGAUGUGUUCAUAACGAGGUUUUCCCAUUGUAAAUAUAUAGAUACAUAUUUAAAUAAACAUACAGUAGAUAUAGAUCAUAAA